UCCCAAGAUGGCGGCGGCUGUGGCGCGCGUGCGCAGGCGUCGCUGGGAGACGGCGGCGGCGGCGGCCUAGUGUGGAGGAGGAGGUCGGGAGCUCAGCAUGUUCCAGUUCUUGGUCGGGUUUACACUUGGCAACUUCGUGGGAAUGUAUCUGGCCCAGAAUUAUCAGAUUCCAAAUAUCCACCAGAAGUUUCUAGACUUCAAAAAGGAAGCUGAGGCCCGGAAAAAGCCUCCAGAUGACCGACCGUGAUGUGCACAGCCCCUGAGUAUGAUUGGGACGUUGCUGUUCAGUUUACCGUGCUAAUUUAACUGCGUGCGUGGAGUACCAUCAGUAUCGGGGGCCGCAUCUGCCAUUUUAUUUAUUUAGCACUGAUUAAAAAAGUAUUCCAUCACUAA